AUGGCUGAUGCGCAAUUAGAAAUUCCAAUAGUGUAUGACAGUGAAGAAUGGAUCGAUUCCUGCAAAGUUAUUACUGAUAUUAGUGAAGGUUCAGCUACAAACUGCAAUGAUCUGAGAGAUUUAAUAGAAGAGCUACAAGGAAUCAAUUGGAAGUGUGAACACGAACUUUCUGGUAUUACUCAAGUAUUGGACACUCAAGGGUGCCGACUUUUUGGAUUUGAUAAUUUAUAUAGUGAAGUUUUACCUUGGCUUGCGUCGAAAAUUCUUCAGAUUCCGAAGCUUUUCCCAUCAGGUAUCCCAAUGCUUCGGCAAUCAAAAAGCCAAUUUUUAUUCUUUUUAAUGAAAUUAAGCCUAUAGCUAACUUAUAUAAAAUUUUUUGUAGGGUUCUCCGGAUUAUUCUACUCUAGAAUACUUUUUUCACGCGAACAAUGCGUUGCUUUGUUGGGUGCACUAUUUUUAGCAGCAACCAAAUAUAACCAUAUGGCACUAUACGUAACUUUUAUAUAGGAAGAUUCGUACACAACAACUUCUCAGCAGUGCAAAUUACUUUCCUUUGUGAAUUAUUUCACAAUGAUGCAUGAACAACCGCCUGAAUAUCUAACAUCUACCUUUAUAUCCUUUGAAAGAAUUUCUUCAGAGAUUAAACCCUUAUCACAUUGGUCAUGUCUUAAGGACAAGCUAAGCCAAGUCACAAUUUCAGGUAAUCUUAGCAUUGAAGAUAGCCCAGACCCUUGCUUGCGUAUAGAUUUUGCUAACAAAUUCAUAGGAGGUGGCACAUUAUUGCAUGGAAACGUCCAAGAAGAAAUUGCUUUCACCAUUCACCCAGAGAUGAUAAUUUCUAUGAUGAUUUCUGAUGUAAUGUUAGAUAACGAAGCGAUAAUUAUUGUAGGAGCACAAAGAACUACCUUGCAUAGAGGAUAUGGGAGUAACUGUUCGUAUGUCGAAAGAUUUCAUGAUAGAAGACCUUUAGAUAAUUUGAAUAGAAUUGAUACCCAUGAAGCUGCAAUUGAUGCAUUAGAGCUUAUGCUUGAUCCUGAGAGUCAAUAUCAAGAUUUGCUGCUAGAAAGAGAAAUUAAUAAAGCUUAUAUAGGUUUUUUAGGAGAUUCUCAUGAAAGAAAAGAGUUUGUAGAAAAAGAAUUAAACAGAGCCUUUGAAGCGAGAAAUAAAGAAAAGAGUGGUGAAGAAGAGAAAAAGGAAGAAAAGCUUAGACCUAUUGCAACUGGGAAAUGGGGAUGUGGAAUGUUUGGUGGAGAUCCUGAAUUAAAACUAAUUAUACAAUGGAUAGCAGCAACUAAAGCAAGAAGGGAUAUGAUUUUUAUGACUUUUAACGAUGAAAAUUUGAAGAGAAAAUCGGAAAGAUUGAUUGAAAAAUAUAAAAAUGUGAAUAUUGAAAAGUUGAUGACAGAUUUAAGAAAAGUUUUAAAUGAAAAAAGAAAUGAUAAUCAGGGAUCGGUAAUUGAAUUAAUGCUUGAAUUAAUUGAAAGCAGCUAA